AUGGCAUCAUCACUGUACGACCGCCUCAAAGUAAACCCUCCCGAGAUCCGUUUGCUCAGCCUCCUACCUGCGACGCGAAAGACAGCCCCACUUAUCUGCACUCUGCGGACGGUCUCACUCACGAACGCCUCUUCCAUUCGAUAUCUCGCACUUUCUUACGUCUGGGGUAAUCCAAGCGACACCGAAGCCAUCUUUGUCAAUGGAGCACCCUUUGAAGCAACCGCAAACCUUUGCGCUGCACUCCGACACAUGCGCUUUGAAGACGAGCCCUUGAUACUGUGGGUAGACGCAAUUUGCAUCAACCAAAGCAACAAUGUCGAGAAAUCCGAACAGAUCCGCAUAAUGAAAGACAUCUACCAGACUGCCCCUGCUGUUAGUAUCUGGCUCGGUCACAGGGACGAGCAGAGCUCGUUGGCCAUGAGGCUCAUUCGUUUCGCCGCAGCGCUAUACACUCGAUCUCGAGCCCAAACAGACGAUAAACUGCUUACGGCAGAUAUCAUGCAUUACACCCUCAAUGACACCAACCUCCAAGCCCUUGUAUCAUUUUUCACCAAAGACUGGUGGGGACGGAUAUGGGUUGUCCAAGAAGCUGCCGUGGCCCAACACGCAUUGUUUGUUUGUGGGAACGAGACACUGGGCUUUCGAGACUUUGCUUAUGCCUUUUUCUGCUGGGCUGCGCUUCUGAAAACGCCUAUCCCUAAUCCUUGGCUCCGAAGCUUUAAGGAGCUUGCUGUUAUUAUCAACGGAACCAGCCCUAGGGCGGUUCUUUGGCAGUACACCCGCUUUCACCUACCCGAGCUCAUGGAGCAUACCCAAUUUUACAAGGCAUACACUUUGGAAGAAAUGCUGGAAGAGAGUUGGAAUUUUGACUCUACAGAUCCGCGAGACAAGGUCUAUGCGUGGAUUGGUCUUCUUUCUCAUGUUGAUGUCGCCAUCGUACCCGACUAUGAUGCCACUAUCGCUGAAGUCUACAUCGGAGUUGUAAAGCUUAUUUUGGAACACAGAGGCUCUCUUUCGCUGAUAUCCUUCACAGGCUCUGGAGCCCGGCCUCCCAACACCCCACCCAUCAUUGGUCUCCCCUCUUGGGCUCCGGAUCUGAGAAAGAGCGUCAUUUUACAAAUAAGGUGGUGGAUGAGGCCAAAGAGCCACCGGGCAUCAGGUAGCGCGAAAGCCAAUGCGACCAUUUCUCAUGAUCAUCGAACUCUCAUCACAGAUACCAUCAUUGCUGGUAGACUUUGCGUUGCAGAUAAAGAUCGUCAAGAAAAUGACAGGUGGCUUGCGGGCGAGAAGCUCUGCCGUUGGCUGUACAUUAUUUUGCAAAACGACUUGCACCUACAACAAACCGCCUCUGCAACUGGAGACUCAAGCGACGCUUUUUUCCGAGCUUUAACACUCUCCUACCAUGACGACCACUUGAACUUUGACUCAUCUCACUAUACGCGACUGCUCAGAGAUGGGAAAAUGCUAAGACUUGGGUUCAUGGCUUAUGUUGGGUACUUGGAUCGCUUCCAGGAUUGUGUCACCUGGCAGUUUCAAUGCAAUAGGCGAGGAAAGGCAUCCCCGCCUUAUCACUUUCGGGGCCUCUUGGAGUAUGGACCCGGCCAGAGGGACGACGCAGUACAAUCGGCUGCCGAACAGCAGAUGACGCUCGGACUAUUAAGACCACAUUCUCUGAACAGAAAACCGCUGAAGUCACCCCCGCCAGAGCCAGAAUGGUCUGACUUUGCCAACUUUAGGAGAUUCUUUGAUUGCUUUAGUCACAGGACCUCUUCAUCGUCUUCAGCAGCAUCUCCGUCUUUGCAAGCACUGGAAGACUUGAUGACAUCCUUGAACCCAGCUCUGCAGCCUGAUGUGCCUUCUCUCCUAUCGUCAACAGCAGCAGACUGGCCAACGCAGAUAGAAGAAAAGGCAAGGAUUGCCGUUAGAGACUUGGUUCAAGAGUUUCUCGUGACAUUCUCUCGCAGUUCGUCACAUAGAUCUUUGCUUGUAACAGAUACGGGGUACGUAGGGUUAGGUCCUUGGACUUCGAGCGUGGGUGAUUUGGUAUGUGUUGUCAAGGGGUGCUCGCUGCCGAUCAUUGCGACGGAACAUGUGUUGGGAGAUGGGUGGGAGGUUGUUGGUCAGGCCUAUGUCUGUGGUUGGAUGUAUGGUGAGAAUUUGGAAGGACAUGCUUGGAGGGAGAUGAGGUUCAAGUAG